AAAAUAUUCCAACAUUCUUUUUCAUCCUUUCUGAGAUUAUAGCCCACUGGGGCUUAUUCAAAUUAUUUGGCAGACUCCGGGCAACUUUACUGUUUCGGGAAGUCCAGGAGUCGAAGGACUUUUAUGAUGAUUUCUCGAAGGAUUAAGCGGACAACGUGAGCCAUCACGACUGCUGUCAACUUUCACUUGUUCUCUUAGUAUUUUCGUGAAUUGUUUUGCUGGAAAUUUUCGUAUUUUUAAUGACAAAAUGCCGAGGCAAUUGCCAAUCGAUAUGCUCAAUGACUCCGCAAAGGAGACUGUCUACAUCAGGAAGAAUCAACCCCUCUUCAAGAAAUUGGCGAGAACGACGCAUUUUAAUCUGAAGGAAGUUGAAGGAUUGGCCGUAAUUCAUAAAAAAAUACGAGGGGAGAUGGGCCCAGUGACGAUCAAAGUCUUUCGAGACAUAAUGCACUCGGGACUGGACUACACUGAGAACAUCCGACAUUUGCUGAUAGACAGAGUCUUCUCAGUCAUUGAUACACGCACAUCCCUGCAAUUACCUGUGGACCAGUGGAUUGAAGGUCUGUCCAUAAUCCUUCGAGGCACUCUGGACGAACGCAUAAAAUUUGCCUACACAGUGUACGAUCAGAUGAGAACGAACAAGAUAAAGAAAGAGCAGAUAUUUCCGAUGAUGAGAGGGUGCCUGAUCAAACUCGAGGGUGAGGGGGAUCUCGACGAGGCAGUCAGGGAUCUGAUAGAGAUGAUGCUGAAGACAAUCGAUGUCGAUCGUGAUGGGAAAGUCGAUGAGGACGAGUUCAGGAUUGUUGUCAAGAGGAAUCCACUGGUGUUGGAGUGCAUGGGACCGGUGUUUCCUUCCAGGGAAGCCCAGCACACAUUUUUAACGACGUUCACCGAUCAAUUGGGGGAUUUCUGAUGAGGCAAAUACACGGGAGGGAUACAGAAUCCAUUCAGCCAAUGUGUGUCCCCCAGUCAAUGGAAUGUUCACAGCAUUGAACAAGGGAUCGCAGGCAUUUGCUUCUUUGUGGGUAGCCGAGCGUGAUGCUCAAAGGAACUUCAGGCUUUUUCAACCGGUGAUGCCAGUGCACCGAUCAACUUGCUAAGAAUAUGUACUCUGGAGGGCGCCAGCUGAGAAAACAGGCCUGUGGCAUGUCGACGACGUGCGUUUUACGCGCUCAACGUCCAACAGCAUCUUCGAGGGAUCGGAUGAAGGCAGUAGACAUAGGAUAGAAACACCCCCCAAUGGCGUAUCCAUAUGCACAUUGUAAUUUGUACGUGCGAUCAAUUUUUAAGUUCACAUAUAUAUCUUCACUGGUUGAAAUUUACUGUGCACCUCUGUUAAUGUCAAUCAUCUUGCUAACAUAAUCCCCUCAUUUCGCCAUUUUUAUUUCUCAUUUUUCCACCGCACUCUCGUUUGCAAAAUCCCUCGGAGGUGGAUUCAC